CCAGUCGCUGUUGCCCAACCUGUAUGAAUCCGUGACUGCUUCGUUUCUUUUGUCGUGAUCUCUCGGCAUCAAUUCUGCGUUGUAUGCGCCUUUAAUUGUCCUUUGUCCACAUACAACCUUCCUUCGAGUACACUCAUUUUCGAAUCAGCCUCGACGGCAGUCAUCAACCCCGAAAGAUACAUUUACUCCAACAGUUGAUUCACUUUGGAUAAGCAUCCUCUCACGGCAGCGCCAACAGGGAACACGUCCGCGACGUUACAUCAGCCACAUCAAACAAACCAUUCACCAACAUCGACUUCAUAUCAGCUCUUUACUUUGUACACCCCAAGGAGUGUAAUUUCGCUUCUUCAUCGCAGACACAACCAUGAAGCUCGCUACCUUCUUGACGCUGUUCAGUCUCAGCAGCUCAGCUUUGGCCGCAUCUGCUUCUGAUUGGCGCUCAAAGUCAAUUUACCAAGUCUUGACCGAUCGCUUCGCGCGUACCGAUGGAAGCACUACGGCCAAAUGCAAUCCCGUGGGUAAGUACUGCGGAGGCACCUAUCAAGGCAUCAUCAAGCAGCUGGACUACAUCCAGAACAUGGGAUUCACUGCCAUCUGGAUCUCUCCUAUCACAUUCCAGAUUCAGACUUGGACCCCUUACGGCGAGCCAUGGCAUGGAUACUGGCAACAAGAUCUGUACAAGCUGAACAGUGCAUUCGGUACUGCAGACGAUCUCAGAGCUCUGGCUUCAGCUCUACACAACAGGGGCAUGUACCUCAUGGUUGACAUCGUCGUGAACCACAAUGGAUGGAACGGUAAUGCCAGCUCCGUCGACUACAGCGUGUUCAAGCCUUUCGACAACGUCAAGUACUACCACAGCUACUGCAAUGUCGACUACAGCAACGAUACCAGUAUCCGUGACUGUUGGUUAGGCGACUCAAACGUGGAGCUUGUCGAUCUGCGAACAGAAGACACCUCAGUUGCACAAGAGUAUCAGAUCUGGAUUGAGCAACUGGUUUCAAACUACUCAAUCGACGGCCUCCGCAUCGAUACUGUCAAGCACGUCGACACUGACUUCUGGUCCGGAUUCGGAGAUGCCGCUGGCGUUUUCAUCACUGGAGAAAUCACCAAUGGCGACCCAUACGGCCUUUGCCCUUACCAGAACUACAUGGACAGUGUUUUGAACUACGCGAUGUACUACGCGGCUACGGCGGCCUUCUCGUCUACCUCUGGAAGCAUGUCCGGCUUCGUCAAGCAACUGAAUGGCAUGAAAGGUCAAUGCAAGGACACCACCGUUCUUGGAUCCUUUUCAGAAAACCACGACCAACCUCGCUUUGCCUCGUUGACAAGCGACAUGUCACUAGCCAAGAACAUCAUCGCCUCUACCAUCAUGGGCGAUGGCAUUCCCAUCAUCUACGAAGGCCAGGAACAACACUUCAGUGGCGCUCAGGACCCAUACAACCGCGAGGCUGUCUGGUUGAGUGGCUACAACACCGAUGCACCUCUUUACACCUUCACAGCAAGCGCAAACCAAAUCCGUAACCAUGCGCUCUAUGUCGAUGGAGACUGGCUUACCUACCAGAACUGGGUCGUCUACAGUGACAGCGCCAACGUCGCCAUGCGCAAGGGAUAUGAUGGUUAUCAGACCGUCACAGUCUUGACCAACAAGGGUGCGAGCAGCUCGAACUAUACCCUUAGCGUUACCAACACAGGAUACGUCAACGGUACGGAGGUUGUGGAUGUUCUAUCUUGCGAAGCCUUGACUGCUGGUCAGAGUGGCACUCUUACAGUGCCCAUGUCACAAGGACUUCCUAAGAUCUACUAUCCCGUCGAAGUCUUGGAUUGCAGUGGUAUCUGCGGAUACUGAUAUACCCACGUCGAAGUCGCCGACCAUCAGGAUGACAAGUUUGAACUUGCAUACGAUUCAAGGGUCUCAGUCAGCCUUACGACAUUGCUACUAAUUCUUUUCCUUAUGCAUCAUGCCCCCUACUCAAGUACUACUAGACACAUAUAGAGAUCAUACAUAUAAUUCUAAUCAGGUUUUCUUUCGG